CCCAACCGAAAGAGCAAAGGGUUGAGGAAGGAGGAGAUAAAGGGAUAACGUUAAAAUUUCUUUCCUUGUGCAGGUGGAAUUCACUCUCUUAUUACUGCCACCGCCACCAAGAGGCAACCUCGGAAUCUAGCAUUAAAUUUCGAUUCUCAAUAAUAAAUAAAAUAAAUAAAUAAUGUAAGAAAGUGUAAAUAUCCUUUUACUCUGAAAAUGGCAAUGCCGGGAAGGGACCUCUGCCAUAAACAAGAUUCACAUUCUCCUCUCAUUUUCUUCAAUCCCACUUCGGAUUUCGGUUCCUUCUCUGGAGGGUUGUUUCUCGACCCCAAAAUCCCCGAUUCCUUUGUUCGCCUCAUUUCGUUGCAGAUUCCUCCCACUGCUUUUUCCGAUUCAAAUCUUCACCGCCGACGGAGGAGGGUUUUGCCGGGGUGUUUCUUAUCGGUGAGUUUGCCGAGUGCUAAACUCGUUGCCGAACCCAAGGCGCACGUGCUGCAAAAUGGUGACCACGUGUCGGACUCGGACGGCCUUGUUCAGCAGAGAAAGGUUAGGGUACGAGGAGGCAAUGCCCUUAACACCACUAAGCACCUCUGGGCUGGUGCUAUAGCUGCUAUGGUUUCUAGAACUUGUGUUGCUCCACUUGAAAGACUUAAGUUGGAGUACAUAGUUCGUGGUGAGAAGAAGAAUAUAUUUGAGCUUAUUAGAAGGAUUGCCGCUUCUCAAGGUUUGAGAGGGUUUUGGAAAGGGAACCUUGUGAAUAUCCUGCGAACGGCUCCAUUCAAAGCGGUUAAUUUUUGUGCUUAUGAUACCUAUAGAAAGCAAUUGCUCAGAUUUUCUGGGAAUGAGGAAACUACAAAUUUUGAGAGGUUUAUUGCUGGUGCUGCUGCUGGGAUUACUGCUACCAUUAUUUGCUUGCCACUUGACACUAUCCGGACCAAGCUGGUGGCACCAGGUGGAGAAGCUUUGGGCGGGGUAAUUGGUGCCUUUCAAUACAUGAUUCGAACUGAAGGAUUCUUUUCUCUUUACAAGGGUUUAGUACCAUCAAUUAUUAGUAUGGCUCCUUCCGGUGCAGUUUUUUAUGGUGUAUAUGAUAUCUUGAAAUCAGCUUAUCUGCAUUCACCGGAAGGAAUGAAGAGAAUUCAGAAUAUGCAUAAACAGGGGCAGGAACUGAGUGCCUUUGAUCAGCUUGAAUUGGGGCCAGUAAGGACAUUGUUAAACGGGGCUAUUGCUGGUGCAUGUGCAGAAGCUGCUACAUACCCCUUUGAAGUGGUUAGGAGGCAGCUUCAAUUGCAAGUCCAGUCUACUAAAUUAAGUUCUUUAGCAACUUUUGUCAAAAUAGUUGAACAUGGAGGCAUUCCAGCUCUGUAUGCAGGACUUAUUCCCAGCUUACUACAGGUACUUCCUUCAGCUUCAAUAAGUUACUUUGUCUACGAGUUCAUGAAGAUUGUUCUCAAAGUGGAGUAGGCAAUGAAUAGAUUCUCAGGUAUAUACUGAUAAAAAGCUGUAGCCUCAUUUAUAGGCGAGCAGCUAAAAUAGUUGCUGAACGGUGACAUUCAACUUAAAUUGGCAAUCAUAUUUGAUUUCUGCCUUUGAGGGUGAAAGCACAAUUUCAGGUCUGCAAUUCCGUACAACUAAUCCCUCUAUCCUUGUCACUUGUAUCACCAAUAGAAAAUUUUUGGAAUGACUUUACAGUCAAUAUACCCAGGCUUCAAAUGUGCAAACAUGCCAGAUCUUGAUUACUAUUCUUAUUAGGUUUACACAGUUUUGUUAACUUUUUUCCCCAUCUGUCACUUAGUCUUAACUAUUACCAUGGGGUGUACAAUCAGAAGUCCAUUUACUUUAGGUUGUAACAUGUAACGUAGCAUAUCCAUUAUUCUUGGGCAUUGCUUGCAUUGCACCUUACGAUCAUCUGCUUGUGAGCACACGUGAUUUU